UAUCUGCUCUGAAAUGGGGAACCGCAAAUCCUCCGCGCUCCUCUCACUUAUUGGAGUCAUGCUGCUGUGGCCGUAUGUUUUCACAAAGAGCGUCUCAUCCAGACUGCAAACUGAAGACAGUGCCUCUCUAUCUGCAGGUCAGGGAGAAGAGCGCCCUCAUGUGGUGAAGCGGUCAGCACAGAGCUGUGACAGCUCAUUUGAUGAAUACUGUCUGAAUAAUGGCAAGUGCAUGAUGCUGGUGGACUUAAAUGAACACCACUGCAGGUGUGAGGUCGGCUUCUACGGCCACAGGUGUGAAAAAAUGGAGCUGGUGUUUCAGCCAACGGGAGAAGGGCAGAUCAUCCUCACUGUUUUUUGUGUAUUUCUGCUGAUGACCGGUUUGGCCGGAGCUUUGUACUUCUGCUGCAAAUGGUGUAAGAAGAACAGAUUCUCACACCCCCCCCCAAAGCUACAAGGGAGUGCAAUGUGACUCGAUCCCACUGCAUCAGUCUCUGUAAAGGCAAACCUGGACUUUCCUUUUGUAAUGAAAAAUUCAUCAUGACACUCAGUGGCCGUUUACUGGAUUUUCUGUCUCACAUCACCAAGUCUCAGAUCCCCCUUUAGUCCAAGUUUAGCUUAAGUGAAAUGUUUAAAAAGAAGGAGCUUUGACUGCUGAGCAGUGCUUUUCCCUAUUUGCAACCAGCUCUACUCCACUCUGCUCUACUCUACUCUGUUUUAGUACCAGGUACUUCAUUUCCCAUGACAGUUUACGUUGAUGACCUCUGCAACGUAGAUGAAGUCCAUAUAAUGCGGCUCCACAACUGGGCAAUGGAGGACAUCAAAGGGGUUUUGGUCUGUGGCUUAUUUUCAUAGCAAAGAGAAAUGUUUUGUUCAAGAGAUGGAUGCAAGCAGCAAGACAAGAAAUACUAUUGAAAAGUACAGGAUAGUUUGGGAAGUUUCACAGCAGUACACAGCAACAACAAAGGGGUUUAAUUCCCACGUUGGACAUCGCACUUGUAACACACCUUGUGAAGAUGCUCUCUGAACACUCAAUGAUCAGCGGUGUCUUAACGUCACAUUUUAGUUGCAGCUCAGCUCACUUGAUGCCAAAUAAAGUACAAGGUACAAUCCCAAAUUUAAAAAUAAAAAACUCAGUAGAAGUGAGACAAGUCGAGCCAGUACCACAACACAGUGAUACAGCACCAGUUGUCUCCAGUUGCCCAGGAUUUCUCUGUCUUCCUUGCAUCUCUCAUGUGGUUAGAGACUAAAAACAGUUCCUGUGGGUGAUGCCAAACAUAGCCAUUGUGGGUUAUGAAAUGUCACGCAGAAAAAGUGUUCAAAGGUAACACCCGCACACUGUCCAACUUGCAAAAAAGGAUGUAUUUAUUUACAACGUUUCGGUACUAGACCUUCAUCAGGCAAACAGUUUGUUCAAAAGGCCAGGACAUGUUAAAUAGGAGGUGGCCUCACACCUGCAGCCACCUUCUCAUCAUGACGUCAGAGCUCAAUUGGUCAAGACAGUAAAAAUAAACAAUAGACAUCAGUUACCUGACUGAGAGAGUAAAUGUGAUGGAAAGGAAUGGACACCCCGAUUACAACCCACAAAUGCAUCACUCACAAUGUUAAGGGGAUUGAUUUCAGAUUUUCAGAUCUUAGAGCUCGUUUUUUCAUUACAGAGGUUGUUCAAUCCCAAAAGUGCAAACAAAAAAAUCUAAAAAAAAAAGGUGCUUAUCACUCAUGGUCCUACACAUUUUUAUUGUUGUUGUUGUUGUUUUUAUUGUUACUGAUAUUGGACAUUUCUGCACAUUGAAGCGUAUUAUUGUUCCCUUUUUUGCUCGUUUAAGCUCUUAUACAAGUAGAGUAGUCCUAACAGACAUUAGUGCUGCUGUCAGCCCAGCAUCUUAGACUAAUACUUUAAUGUUUUGAAACUUAGAAAAUGUCUUUGAUAAUUUAUUGAUCAUGUCUGCACUGGAAUCUCUGUUACUGUAACUAGCUGAAUUUUUGCUCUGAAUUAUUAUUAUUAUUUUUUUUUUACUUUCAUGCUAUUUCAACAACAGUUUGAUUAUAGGAACAGUCUGUUUUUCAUGAUCAGUUUUUUUGUUUCUACUCGUGAUACACAGUUAGGUUCUGUCUCAACAAACUUUUAAUAGAUAAAACAAAGCAAACACAUUUCACAAUGUCAGCUCAGUUAAAAGCCUGGGUUUUAGUUGAAUUACUAUCAGUGAGUCACCUUAAAGUGUGUAUUGCCCGAAAGUGUUCAUCUUAAUGUUGGAGCCCUUCUGAAUAGAUCACAUCUGUGUCUCAUUUAACUCUCUAUCUGUGCUCACUUUUUUCUCUCCCUAAGACUAGUUAAAUGAAAUAUCAAGCUUUGAAAUAUGAGGUAUGGCUUUUAAAUAAUGAGACUGCCUCAUGAGGAUAAAACCACCAAAGUCACACCCAGUGUUAUAAUUAAAGCUUGAGUAUUCACACACAACUGUUGUAGGUUUCCAAUAAGUGGCAUCUUUAGUUCACUGCUAGCCACUGAUUGAAGUGCAUGUAUUUUUGCGAAGGCGUCGGAAAAUGAUUAGCUUAAAAGUUGAGCACUGUACUAACUUGAUAUUUUUGGUGAAAUUGAACAAAAAAAACAGCUGAAUUUGUUAGCUGAGGUGUAUGGAGAACACUGAAUGCCAAAUUCAUGUGUUCGAAUGGCACAAAAGAUUCAGUGAAGGUAGAGAGGAUUCCAAGAUGAGCUCUGGAUGCCCAUGCACUUUAAAACUUAU